AUGGUGCUGAGUUGCUGCCUCACGCUGCAUCGCGUGUUGGGCAAAGCUGCUUCACCUGCUUCUUGUGCGGCAUUGGCGAAUGCUGGACAUUUUCCGGUGCUCAUGGAGCAAGCUGGCACUAAUGCAAGUCAUGAUAGAUCUGCGAGAAUCGACUUCGGCCAUAUUCUGGCAGAUGUACCCUGCAGCGGAGAUGGCACAGCUCGCAAAAACUCGCAUGUUUUUCGAACGUGGUCGCGCCGAGAAGCCAUAGAGUUGUCGUCGCUGCAGCGGCGCAUCUUGCUUCGGGGCCUGUACCUGUUGCCACCAGGAGGAACACUGGUGUAUUCGACGUGCUCGUUGAAUCCUUUGGAAAAUGAGGCUGUUGUUCUCAGCUGUCUCCGGCGCUGGAACAGCACCCAUGUACAAGGUCGCGUCAAGCUGCCUGUUCGUUUGGUGGAUGGCAGGGAAAUGCUCAAAGGCAGAUGUGCCCUGCAACCUUCUCCUGGCCUGACGUCGUGGGUGGUGCCUGCGCCACAACGCGGCGGUCCAUUCUUUAGCUCCUGGGAGGAGGUGCCCGAAGAGCUUCGCAAUGCAGAACGUUUCGCUCUUCGUCCCGAAAUGUUUCCUGCUGGCGAAGCCAAUGCAGAGGAGCUAUCCAAGUGCAUUCGGUUCUACCCUCACCAUUCCAACACAGGAGGCUUCUUUGUCGCGGUGUUCAAAAAAGCACCUGCCACUUCCGACGUCCUUCAAGGCCCCCACCCUCCGCCAGCUUCCCAAUGUGAAGGACGCGGAGGGCAUCCGCUGCUCAGCUCGAAGUUUCACCGGGUGGUAGAAACUGAUCGGGCUUGGCAAGAGCUCGUGAACUUCUAUGGCAUCGAUGCUGCUUGGAGCCAGGACAAGCUGAAACGUGGCUUGCUGCUUUGGCAGACCAUGAAGGGCAAGACAGAGCCAGAAAGGAUUUCUUUGGUUUCUGAGGCAGUUGCCCGCCUCUUCGACGCGGUCUCUUGUGAUGGUCGUCAAGUUGCAUGGGCUCGCAUGGGCAUGUUCCUGUUCGAGCAUCUCCCGAAGGGGCUCCUUGCUGGUGGAGUUGCGCCAUGCCGGUGGCGACCGCAUGCGGAGGCUGUGCACAUGCUUGCACCAAUUCUGCAUCGGCGGCAAGUGUCUUUGAAGGCGCAGCUGGUGCGACAAGUGUUGGGUAGCGCGCAUCGCCAGUCGACAUUGACGGAAGGAACCCCGUUAGCCUGUGCCGUGGCCGCGGGCGCGCCAAGUGCCACGCAUCACCAUGUUUGCGGUGGACUCCUAGUCCAGAUGCAGGGGUCAACAUGCAGCUGGGCUCCAGGCGUAGCUACUCCAAAGCAGCUUCGGUUGCUCGUCGAUGACGAUUUGGCGCAGGCGCUGCUCGAGAGAUGCCAACCUCUCGAGACAGCGUCCUGUUGGGCUGGCCUUCUGAGCCGGAUGUGUCCAUGCUUGUGA